AUGCACUUGAGAAGCAAGGGUCCAACAAACCCAGUUCCAAGAGCAGAAGACAUUAGAGCUUUAGAGAGAGAGUGUGCUAGAAAGAGAAGACAAGAAGAGCAGCUAGCUCACACACAGGGGUUGAACAUUGACAUGGCUGACCCACAACCACCAGCUCGCCCCAUUAGUGCUUAUGACCACCCGACCAACAACGGUCAACUGUUAGGAAUCAGAGCACCAGCUGUGGCAGCAAACAACUUUGAGAUCAAGUCAGGAUUGCUGAACCAGAUUGAGAACAACAAGUUUCAUGGCCUGGCUGCAGAGAACCCAUUCGACCACUUGGACAGCUUUGAUAGAUUCUGUGGCCUAUCCAAAACCAAUGGUGUAUCAGAGGAUGCUUUCAAGCUCAAGCUUUUCUCUUUUUCUUUGGGGGACAAGGCACGUCAGAGGGAGAAGUUUCUGCUAAGCAGCUCCAUCAUCACUUGGGAUGACUGCAAGAAUGCUUUCUUAGAAAAGUUCUUCUCUACUUCUAAGACAGCUGACUACAGGAAUGAGAUAUCUGGUUUCAAACAGAAGAACUUGGAAGGAUUCAGUGAAGCAUGGGAGAGGUUCAAUGGCUACCUAGCUCAGUGUCCACACCAUGGUUUCAACAAGGGAAGUUUGCUCAGUACAUUCUAUAGAGGUGCUCUCCCUGAGUACAGAGCCAGAUUGGAUACUGCAAGCAAUGGGAACUUCUUGGACAGAACUGAGAGAGAAGCAGCGCAGCUGGUUGACAACAUGGUUAAGAGUGAUGCAGUCUACAGUGGAGAUCAUGACAGAGCCAAUAGGACAGAUGACAAGCAAACAAGAAGGGAGUUGAAAGCUCUACAGGAUAAGAUUGACAUCCUCAUUGCUAAUAAAGCUACUCAAGAGCAGGUUCACUUUGUUGGUAACCCACAGCAAGAGACACCACCUACUGUCAAUGAAAUUGAAAGUUUGGAAGGCCAAGAGGAACUGUGCUUCAUUAAUAGCAAUGUCAAGACUUUAGAGAAUCAGUUUGCUUCUGUGGCUUCCACCUCCAAGCAGCCAAUGGGAACUCUACCAGGGAAACCAGACCAGAAUCCCACAAAGUACUGCAAUGUUACCCUCUCUACUACUUCUUCAGAGAUUGAGCUGAAUGAGCACAAGAAAGAGGUAGAUGAGAUUGAAAAAUUGGUGUUUGGAACUGAUAUUGGACAGGUUGAGCAACAGAUUGUGACAACAAGUGGGGCAAAGAUUGUGGAGAAAGUAUACAAGCUGGUUGCAGCUAAGGUUGUGAAGAGAGAUGGACACAAGAGGGUCCUCACCAAAGCUCAGAAGAAGGUCAUCUCCAAGUUCAGGAAAGAUCUUAGUGAUGUUGGGGUAAAGCUUCCAGAGAUCUCGGGUAUGCGAGAGGCUCGUGUACAAAUGAUGCUCAUCGAGGACAUUCUAACUCACAAAGAUAAGGUAGCAGAGCUUCUGGACAUCUUUACUCUGCAACUUGACCCACAAGUCCCACCAAAGUCUCUCUCUAAACAAGAGCACCAGGGGAUGUUUACCUUGUCUUGCUCCCUUGGUAAGCUCACUUUUGAUGAUGCUCUUGUUGAUUCUGGUGCAAGUGUGAAUGUGAUCUCUAUAGAGAUGGUAAAGACUCUAGGGACUGAGAGCAUGGAGCCAAUCAGAUCUUUACUACAGUUUGGGGAUUCUUCUUCUACAACCCCAAUUGGUCUCAUCAAGGAUUUUCCUAUGAAGAUUGGAGCAUGCACCAUCCCUGUUGACCUCACUGUCCUAAAGAUGGCAACUGCAAAGAGGUUUCCACUCAUCCUUGGCACUCCAUUUCUCACAACUGUAGGAGCUUGCAUAGACUUUGAUAACAAGAAGGUCACACUCCUCAAAGUGAACAAAGCUGUCUCAUAUCCUCUCCAGCCCCUAGAGAUGAAGUCUGUGUAUUGUGGAACAAUCACUUGUGAAGCAUCAUCCAUUGAAAAACCAAAGGCUGAAGUGCUGUCCUAA